UCUACGGGCAGUGUGACGUAUACAUCAACCGGGGAUAGAACUACGGAUUUAGGCUGCACUGAAUCAAACCAUGGAAUCCCUAUUAAGUUUACCGUUUACUGUACUGGAAUGUCCAAACAUCAAACUUAAAAAGCCGUCAUGGCUGCACAUGCCUUCAGCGAUGACCGUCUAUGCCAUUGUGAUUGUUUCAUACUUUCUCAUCACUGGUGGUAUAAUUUACGAUGUGAUUGUUGAACCUCCGAGUGUCGGGUCGAUGACAGAUGAACACGGACAUCAGCGACCAGUGGCCUUUUUGGCGUACAGGGUGAAUGGACAGUACAUCAUGGAGGGUCUGGCCUCCAGCUUUCUGUUCACUAUGGGUGGCCUUGGCUUUAUAAUCCUGGACCGCUCCAAUGCUCCAAACAUUCCCAAACUCAACCGCUUCCUUCUGCUCUUCAUCGGCUUUGUCAGCGUGUUGCUGAGCUUUUUCAUGGCCAGAGUGUUCAUGAGAAUGAAACUGCCUGGUUAUCUCAUGGGUUAAUGCUAUAUCUCCCAUCAACACUAUCAAUAUGGCCCACGGCACGAGCAGAGACUGGAGAGGCGGCAUCACAAAACCCUGUUUAGUGCCAAGAACUACAGUCUGUUAUUAUGUCAGUUUGAUUCCCAACCCCAGAACUUCUCAUUCUUUUGUGUUUGUUAAAUUGUGUGUUUUUGUGAGGGACAUGCAACUCUUGAGUUACUGGUCUAUGAACACGUUUAAAAUUUGCUGUAUUGGUGAGUAACAAUGACGUUUACAGAAUUGAAUAUGAACUGGGAAGGAGAAGUUAAAUUAUAAUUAUGCUCUUAAUAUAAAACGUCAGACUGUAUAUAAGGAGGGCCAUGACAACACAUUUUGGGAAUCUCCUUAAACAUCUUUUAGCUCGACUAGUGAAAAGGCCUUAAAAUGUGUCAGCGGUUGGUGUGCUGUUUUUUUAUAAUAAACAAAUGUGCUUUC